ACCCUGUCUUGCUUGCUAACUUAAAACACAGUCUCACUUUAAUUUUUCAAAUGACUUACUCUUGACACCACACUGCAAGAUAGAACCCUUAAAUCCCUAUGGGUUUUUCAGAAACAGCUGAUUUUUCGCGGAACUUCGGUGUCUUAGUCAGAGUUCGAGGCCCUGACCCAAAAGGUGUAAAGAUGCGAAGACAUGCUUUUCAUCAAUACAAUUCCGGCAAAACCACACUUUCAGCUUCUGGGAUGUUACUGCCCAAUAACAUCUACGAUGCUGACGUGGCUGAACGUAAUUGGGGAGUCAAUGGAUUGGUUGUGACUGUUGCUUCCGUUAUUGAGCCAUUUUUGUCUAUGCAACACAGAGAGAAGAAUGUUUUUCAGGGCCGGCCAGAGUUCAUUUCGGGUGCUGAGGUUGAUGUGAUGUUGGAGGGCAUGCCGUGGUUGGACAUAGAAUGUGAGGGUCUGGAUAAAAGAGUCCCUGGAUGGGUUAGCGCGCAAGUUAUAAUGUUGGUUGACAUUCCUGUAUCUUCCCUUGCUCUUCAAUCACUUAUAGAAGCUUCUUCAGGCUCACCAGGGCAUGGAUGGAAUAUUGGUUGGUCCCUGGCCUCAUAUGAUAAUGGUUCUCAGCCCUUGAUGGAUGCUAUUCGGACUCAGGUAGAGUAUGAUAGCAAACCGUUAGUUGAGAGUGGCAGGCAUAUGCCACUUGUGGAAUCAAGUGAUCAAAGUCUUAUGGGCAAGUCCACUACAAGAAUUGCUAUCCUUGGAGUUUCCUCAUAUUUGAAGGUAUAUUUUUCUGAUCUACCAAACAUUACCAUAUUGCCCUCAAUUAAAAGGGGUGAUUUCCUUCUGGCUGUGGGCUCUCCUUUUGGUAUCCUCUCACCUAUGCAUUUCUUUAAUAGUAUAUCUAUGGGAUCUGUUGCCAACUGCUAUCCUCCUGGAUCAUCCACCCACUCAUUUCUGAUGGCAGACAUUCGGUGUCUUCCUGGAACAGAAGGUGGUCCAGUUUUUGGUGAACGUGCAAAGUUGGUUGGUAUCUUGAUCAGGCCAUUGAGACAAAAGAACAGUGGUGCUGAAAUUCAGCUGGUGAUUCCGUGGGAAGCCAUUGCAACUGCUUGCAGUGACUUGCUGCUGAAGGAGCCCCAAAAUGCAGAAAAAGAGUUCCAUAUUAACAAAGGAAAAUUAAAUUCUGUAGGGAACUCAUUAUUGUAUAGCAGCCAUGACUCCAGUGGGUUGUACUAUGAGCAUAGUGAUUCUUGUCACCUGUCUCCACUACCAGUUCAGAAGGCAGUGGCAUCUGUUUGUCUUAUUACAACUGAUGAUGGUGUUUGGGCAUCUGGUGUUCUUCUCAAUGAUCAAGGCCUGAUACUCACAAAUGCUCACUUGUUAGAACCAUGGAGAUUUAGGAAAACAACUUUAAGUGGUGAGAAAAAUGGAAAUCAAUCGAGGGGAUUUAUCUUUGCAUCUAAAGAGCUUGCAACAAGGGCACCAAAGUUUGUGGAUUCUUCUGUUAAUGAAAGUAGAUCAUAUAAGUUGAGUUCGUUUCACAAAGACCAUAGAAACAUACGUGUCCGCCUAGACCAUAUAGAGUCUUGGAUUUGGUGUGAUGCUAAAGUAGUAUAUAUUUGUAGGGGAACUUUGGAUGUUGCACUAUUGCAGCUUGAAUAUGUUCCAGAUCAGGUUUGCCCUAUAUUUGCAGAUUUUGCACAUCCGUCUAUAGGAUCGACUGCAUAUGUCAUUGGACAUGGACUUUUUGGACCAAGAUGUGGCCUUACCUCUUCUGUUUGUUGUGGGGUGGUAGCAAAUGUUGUCAAAGUAAAGUCACCACCUUAUUGUCAAUCCAUUCUUCAAGGGGAUUCAGGUUGUCCAGUAAUGAUUGAAACAACUGCUGCUGUUCAUCCAGGUGGUAGUGGUGGUGCAGUUGUCAAUUUGGAUGGUCAUAUGAUUGGACUUGUUACAAGUAAUGCAAGGCGUAGUGGAGGGACAGUUAUACCACAUCUGAACUUCAGCAUUCCAUGUGCAGUUUUGGCUCCUAUCUUUGCGUUUUCAAGGGAUAUGCAGGAUCUUUCACUUCUUAAGGAACUUGAUCAGCCAAAUGAACACCUUGCUUCGGUGUGGGCACUGAUGCCGCCAUUAUCUCCGAAGCCAGGCCCUACUUUACCUAAUCUGCCAGAGUCACAAUUUGAAGCCAACAAAGAUGGGAAAGGAACCCGUUUUGCUAGAUUCAUUGCUGAAAGUCAAGAGGUUCUAAAAGGGUUGUCUCGCAUCGACAAGGUGGAAAAGAUAUCUGGUGAGAUUAUUCGUAGUAAGUUAUGACAACCUGGUAUUGUGCUGACUUCUUGGCAUCACUCUUGUACCCAGUGAGAAGGAGUCUGAUCAGAAUGUGAUAACAUAGUUCAAUGUAAUGGUGAGUUUCUUUCUCAGAUCUCACCACAUGGACUGAUAGAAAGAAUGAACACCAAUGGUUGGUGAAUUUCAACUUCCUUCUGGGAAUGGAAAUUUGUAGCUUUAUCAUGGUUGAGGUAAAAUAUACAAUAAAAUUAUGCACAUCCAAUUUUGAAUA